AUGGCCAGCGAUGAGAGAACGACACUCGAGGACGACGGGGGACGAGUGCACCACCGACCUCCGGCCGCACAAGCACAGGAGGAGCACGCCCACCUCGUCGCCACAGCAGCCUUCUUCACCCGCCUCCGCGACGCCGCUGUGGCCGCAAAUGGGCUACUACCGCGGGACGCUUGGGCGGGGGUACAUUCCGCCGUGAGGGAGGCGACACGCGCUCUAGAUGACUUUGAGCGGCGGUUGCUCGUCGGCAGCGACGGCGACGGCGACGGCGACGACGUGUCGCCUGCCCUUGCCCAGGUGCCGCUGGAUCACGCCGCACGCGGCGGGCCCGCCAUAGGGCACGUCUCGCACGGCGUCUAUGCCGCUGUCCUCGGCCUCGCCCUUGCCGGCGCGCCCCUCGAAAGCCCAUGGCGCUUCCUCGUCGUGCCUGCGCAUCGACAUGCGCGCGCCACUGUCCUCACCAUCGCCCCCUUCGACCGCAGCGCCCCAAACCCUCGCCCCGCCUCCGCCGCCCAACACGCCGUGCUCGUCCCCGUCGCCGCGCAAACGCGCCCUCUCGACUUCUGA